AUGACUCUGCAGGCCGCGGCUGUGGGCGCGGAUCCGCUGCAUUGGUUAGAGGAGUUGGAUUCGCCCCGCGCCAGAGCUUUCGUGGCCGCUCAGAACGCUCGCACGCUGGCCGCCCUUGGCGACCCCAGGGGUUCUCCUCUCUUCGGGCGGCUGCUGGAAACUGAAACGACCGACACGGACGGUGAUCCACUACGAAAGCUGCCUCAAGUUACUGAGCUCGGCGGUCUUUUCUACGACUUUUGGUCUGAUGGGCAGCAUCCGCGUGGGGUUUGGAGGCGUACAACUCUGGAGAGCUUUCUCAGUGAUGCACCGCGCUGGGAGGUGGUGCUGGAUCUGGAAGUGCUCGGAAAGCAAGAAGAGCAGAACUUCGUCUGGCGAGGCUACGACGCACUGCUGGAGGACGGGCAAGACUCGUGGACUGUGACACGCGCCAUGGUAUGCCUCUCUCGAGGAGGGGCUGAUGCGUUCGUCGCACGGGAGUUUGAUCUUGUGCGGAAGCGCUUCAUACCUGAAGAUGAAGGCGGCUUUGUGGUACCAGAGGGCAAGACUGUGCUCUCCUACCGUUCCAGGGAUAUCCUCUUGGUGAGCUCUGACUUUGGUCCUGGCUCUUUGACCAGUGCAGGCUACCCUCGUGUGGUGAAGGCUUGGCAGAGGGGCACGCCGCUGAGUGAUGCUACUGUCGUGUACGAAGGAGAAGCCUGCGACCAUGUUGUAUACGGCUACGUCGCACGGCGCUGGCGCAGAGAACCACUGCAGGUGAUCCAGCGGGCUACGAGCUUCCACGCAUCAGAGUGGUUUCUGCUAUCCCAUGACUGGUGCCAACUGCCUAUCCCGGCCGACGCGGAUGUCACCUUCUUCGGUUCGUGGUUGCUUUUGCAGCUGCGCAGUGACUUCGGUGGUUUUCCUCCAGGAGCCCUUGUCGCCUCUCCGCUUGAUGCAGCGAUGGCAGCGAAAGCCGAGUGGGAGGUUCUGUGGAAGCCGGCGCGCGACGAGGCAGCUGGAACUCCGCGAUUCUCCACGCUUCAGAAGCUCGUUUGCACCUGCAACUACAUCGUGCUGCAGAUCCUCGAUGGCGUGCGCAGCAAGCUGCUGACAUUGCGCUUUGACGAAGGGCGAGGAGCUUGGCGGAGCAGGAGCUGUGGCUCCCUGGACGGGCGUUCGGCAUCGGUCUCCGUGCGAGCCGUCGCGGCGUCACGUGAUGCCGUGUGGUUUGGUGAUGCUGCCUAUACCCAGCCGCCCAAGCUCAUCUAUGUGCCGGAUAUUGGCACGUGGAGUGGCGAGACGGCUGCAGGAGCGCAGCUGGUUCGAGAGCUUCCUCCUCUCUUUGAAGCCUCGGUGGAUGUGCGGCAGUUGGAGGCGACUUCUGCCGAUGGUACAUCGGUACCUUUUCAGUGUCUUCGGCCACAUUCCGUCGUUGAUCCUCCGACCCUCAUCUACGCCUAUGGAGGCUUUGGAAUCCCCGUGCUGCCAAGCUACAAGGCCACGAUCGGCGCUGCGUGGUUGGAGCGCGGAGGGCAGUACGUGGAGGCGCACCUGCGCGGGGGCGGCGAGUUCGGACCUGCUUGGGAGGCCGCGGGUCGAGGAGCCCUGGGUCGCCUGAGGGCCUACGAGGACUUGGAAGCCAUAGCAGAUCACCUGAUUGCGAAACAGCUCGCAACGCCAGGUCGACUUGGUCUUUUCGGGCGCUCAAACGGGGGAUUGCUGGUGGCCAACCAAGUGGUCCGGGAGAUGGCCAGCAAGGGCCCACAGCGUUUCGCCGCCAUGGUUGGCGAGGUACCUUUGACGGAUAUGCUCCACUACCAUCGUCUCCUUGCCGGAGCAAGUUGGCUGGAAGAGUACGGAGAUCCGGACGACGGCGACCUACGCCCUCUUCUGAGGCAGAUCUCUGCGUACCAUCUCGCACAGGAUCUCUUGCGGGAAGAGAAAGCGCAACGGAUGCCGGAGGUUCUCUUCACAACAUCCACUCGGGAUGACCGCGUGCAUCCGUGCCAUGCUCGAAAGAUGGUCGAGCUUCUGCAAGGCGCACCGGCUGGCCAGAACGUCUUCCUCUUCGAAGGCGAUGAGGGUGGACAUGGUGGCGCGGCCAUCUUCGAACGCGCCUUCAUUCGCACCCUGGAGUACGAAUUUCUCUGGGCUCGCCUCGCGCAGGGCUGA